GGCUCAAUGUAGGGGUGCAAAAAAGAGGACACAUUUAUUGACUUCUGCUUUUUUGUUGACUUCUGCUUUUAACUAUGGAUCACUAUGAUGACUCUGCCCAUGAGAAAAAUGCCCAUGAGGACAAAGAGAACAAAUGGCAACCCCCAAUCCUGAUUCUUUCUUCUGCAGCAUUAGCUACCACUCCCAGUUUGGUGCCAUCUGCAAAUCUGAUGCACGUUCCCAUUGCUCGAAGUAGCAACAGGUCAAACUUGUCCCCUGUACAUUUCUAAAAUAUUGUGGUCUGAUCUUCCUACCAGCCUCUCAGACCUGGAGGCUUUCAGCAGCACAGCAGGUACAGAGGGCAUGACCUCACAGAGGACCAGGUAAGCCAGUCCACAAAAGAGAGUAAUAUACCCAUGACCUCAUAGAGCCCAUGAAGAUGUGGUCAGGCUGCUCCUACCAAAUAGCUACCUAGUGAAAGGGAAGCACUGAGACUCUCCCAUCAGAUAUUGGAAGUCAAAGAAGUGGAUCAUUUAAGAGGAUUUGGAAUCGAAUGUCCCUAUCAGGGACAAGAUGCGUAUCAGCAGGAAGCAGGGCAUACUACUGCUGGCUGGCUACAUGACUUACAUAGUGAUGGGUGCCCUUGUCAUUGAGCUUCUGGAGAACGAUCACCACGAAAGACUAGAAGAAGCAACGUUUCGCAUGAAAGCACAAUUCUUUUCAAACUACACCGCUCUCAGCCCAGAAGAGGUGGAGGUAUUCAUACAGAAACUGGUAAAAGCUGUCCGGUUGGGAAUAGAUCCAAUAGGAACCAAACCUCAUGAUAAACACAGCAGCUGGGAUUUCGCUAAUUCUUUCUUCUUCGUGGGAACUAUGUUAGCCACAAUAGGCUAUGGAAACCUCUGUCCCCAAACAGCAGAUGGACAGAUCUUUUGUGUUAUUUUUGCUCUCUUUGGAAUCCCCUUCAACCUUAUCUGCUUGAACUAUAUUGGCUUUUUUGUCUCAAGAAUCUGUGAAACCUGUGCAGAGAAAGUGUAUUGGAAAGAAAAUAAGAAAACAGCAAAAUAUCUUUUCUUCUAUGUGGUUUUGGGGAUUCAAAUGUUUCUUAUUUUGCCUUCGUUUCUCUUUCAAUGGAUGGAGGGCUGGAAUUAUAGUGAAGCUGUCUAUUUUACAUUUAUUACACUCAGCACCAUUGGUUUUGGAGACUAUCUAAUAGGGAGGAAGCAUGACAGGUCAUAUUUUAUGGGCUACCGGCUACUCGCAGCCACUUGGAUCGUCAUUGGUCUGGCCUGGAUAGCUGUGCUGUUUGACCUUGUAUCCUCAUUACUUGAACCUCCAGCUCCAGUAAGAAGAAGAAGCAGCGCACGAAGAGAGAGUAGUGGGGACAACAUAACACUGUCCCAAAGGGGUCAGUCUGUUAGAUUUUCAGUGACGGAGAGUACAAGUACAUCAUUGCAGUCUCGUGGAGAUUGACAUAAAAAUCAGUUGUACUCAAGAACUUCCAUUGAGCUUUUUAUAAUUAUAUGCUAUUGUUGACAUUCUGCGUAUUCCUUAAAAACUCGCUAGUUGCUCUUUAAGUUACGCAGUUCCUAAUAAACUGUGAAAUAGCCAUGUUUCGGCAACCAAGAGAGGGAGGGUGGCUAUUACAUAAAAAUUAUGUAAUUACAUAAAAAUCAGUUUUAUAUACUGUUG